AUGCCAUUCAAUAGGCUAUCACUUCCCUGCUUGCUGUUGGCUCUUAUAGCAUCCUUGUUCAUUCAUGCAGCUCAAGCUGGUGGUAAAAUUCCAAAGGCUGUAACUGAAGCCUACCUUCGAGCAGAGAAGGAAAUCCUGCAUUUGGAACAGUCUUCUUUCCAGACAAAGAUCCAGAAGGGCAAUUGGAUGAUUUUUUAUGGAGCUACCUGGUGCGGACAUUGCCAAAAAUUCACUCCAACUUGGCUUGAACUUCAGAAAAAAGUAGAGACGGAUUUCAAGGACAGCAAUUUCCAUGUUGGGAAAGUGGAGUGUACACUUAAUGCAGAUUUAUGUGAGCAAAUAGCUGGAUUUCCGACAGUUUAUUACUAUCAGGAUGGAAAGCGAGUCGGAGAUGAAGUCGUUGAUCAAGAGCUGCCAGACCUUCUCAAGUUUGUCAAAAGCCAUGCUUGGGACAAGUCUGGUCAGCCUGGUCUUGCCAAUCUAAAAGACGCUGAGUUGAAUGCUGGUAAACCCAAUAUAGCUUUAGAUCAAAGUCCAAUGGAAGUCCUACAUGCAUAUGCUGAACAAGAAAUUCAUCCUGGUGCUGAUGUCAAUCCCACUGGAUUGGUUACGCAUAUGACAAGGGGGACAUUUGCAUCUCUGACUGCCGAAAGGUCCUGGUUUGUGAUGUUCCAUGCUCCAUGGUGUGGUCAUUGUAAAACACUUGCUCCUAUCUGGGAUCAAGUUGCUGAAGAACUUAAAGGGCAAGUAGAUAUUGGAAAAGUAAACUGCGAUGAAGAAAAAGAUUUGAUGAAGAGAUUCAACAUUAAAGGAUUUCCAACGCUUGUUUUAAUCAAUGAACCCAACGCUCCUAUUGUGUACAAAGGAUCUCGUAGACUUGAAGAUAUCAAAAAGUUUGUUCUUGAUAGCAUCACUCGUCCCUCAUUCCUCCCUGUUACAGCCAAAGAAAUUCCAGAUAUUAUUUCAAAAGAAGAGGUGGCCUUUUACUUUGCGUAUGAUGCAAACGUAACAGAUUAUAUUCCUUUUCGUAUGUUCCAAUCUGUAGCCAAAACCGUCAAACCCUUUGCAAAACUAUACGUGUCGCCUGAAGUUCAAGCAUUCAAAAUACUCCACGCAGAAGAAGGUAAACCUGUAUUGAUCGCUGUGCGUGAUGGAGGAUUGGAUUCCUCUGUUUAUCCUGGAGAAUUUGCUGGCGAUGGUUCUACUCGUACGAUGCUUAGGGAAUGGAUUAUGCAGGAGCGGUUUCCUCUUGUAACCAAACUUGAUACGGCCACUCAAGCCGAUAUUCUUGAAAGCAAUCGAUUUGUUGCACUUGCUCUAGUCAAUCCGGACACACCUGAUGGAAAAGGCGCUUUGGACCACUUUAAAAACUCGGCGAAACAUUGGAAAAAUAUUGCAGCUGCAGAAAAAAGAAACCGAGUUAAAUUUGCUUGGAUUGAUGCCAAAAUGUAUGCCGAUUAUGUUUUUUCGGUAUACAGUGUCAAGCCAAUGGAUCUUCCUGUUUUUAUUAUUGCGAAUCCAGCUAUGGAGCAAUACUAUAAUGAGUUUGCUGACGGAAAAAAGUAUGAUUCAUUUGCACACGUUGUGGUCCACGAUAGUAUCAAUGAGGUUUUGGAUGGCAAGGGCAAGGCCAAGACUAACCAAGGCACAUUCUCUCGCUCAGCCAAAUGGGUCAAUAGGCAGUUUGUUCGUACAGUUUCUAUUUUUGUCACCAACAAUAUUAUUGUAACUGUGCUGAUAAUGGGUGGAUGUAUUAUGAGUUUGACGUACUAUGCUAUGAAUCGUAAAGGCGGGUACCAAAGUGUGUCGAGUAUUUCCAAGCAAGAAUAA